AUGACUCUUACGGUUGCCGUUGCUGGUGGAACUAAAGGUCUUGGCCUGACCAUUGCAGAAGCAUUGGUCGUCCAUGGCAAGCACAAUGUGGUCAUAUUCGGUCGAAAGAGAACCCCUGGUCUAGACGAGAAGCUACCGGCUCGUUUGGUUGUUGUUGAUUACGAAAACAUCCAAAACCUUACAGAGGCUCUCGAAUCCAACAAAGUGAGCGACGUGAUCUGUACCGUCAACGCACAUGGGAGCUCUCUAUCGGAAAGGAACCUCAUUCACGCGGCGGAGAACUCGUCUACGACGAAGCGAUUCAUCCCCAGCAUCUUUGCCGGCUUCGCAUAUCCAGUCAAGUAUCCCGAAGUCGCCAAAUCCAAAACGGAGGUGCUAGAGGAGCUGGCGAAAACAUCUCUAAUGCACACUGCUAUCUACAACGGCAUGUUUAUGGAUUUCUACGGGUCCCCUCUGCUCAAAUCUAACGUCGGCCCCUUUCCGAUGUUUGUUGAUAUCGCCAGCAAGAUGGCAGCCAAACCCGGAUCAGGAGAUGAAGCCAUUGUGCUUACCCGUGUUUUGGACAUUGCCAGAUUUGUUGUCCGCAUUCUGGAUCUUGCCGAAUGGCCCAAGGAGAGCUAUAUCAUAGGUGACCGGGUAACCCUCCAUGACUUUGUUAAUAUGGCCGAAGAGGCGAGAGGUACCAAGUUUCAAGUCACCUGUGACUCUAAGGAAGAGUUAGAGGCAGGAAAGAUCACGGAAUUGCCUUGCUACUCGGCCACCUUUGCGGCAGUGGGUAAAGAACUGACCAAGCAACUAUACGCUCAAAAUGGGUUAUGGAUCAUUGGAAAAGAGCUCGACCUCAGACCUGCCAGUACUCUCAAUGAAAUUUUCCCGGACAUUAAGCCUAUGAGCUUGCGGGAGUUCCUUGAGCUCUCCUGGAAGAUAUAGAACUGAAGUUGGAGC